AUGACAGACCACGAGGAAGUGAUUAUUAAUGGCGACUCGACAGACGAGGAGGAGGAGGUGCGCAUUAUUACUCCAGCGUCGCGUAAACGUCGACGUUACUCAAACAUAAUGAUGGAUCAGGAUGAAGAAGACGCCGAAGAAGAAGAGAAAGAAAAGACUGAAGACCAAGAGAAGCAGCAGGAGAAGACAACAGUAGCUUUGUCUUGCAUCCCACGACGUCAGCAGCAGCUUCAUUUGGAUAAAGCUGGUGUAUCUAUGCAGCGCAUGACUCUGCGUACGCCACUGCCUGUGCAUCGAUCGCGUCGGAACCUCCAGCAGCUCUCGAUCUCGAAUGCUGUGGCCCGUGGAGAUUGUGGACGGCAUCAUAAGCAUGGUAAAGACAAGGAAAGUGACAAUGAUGAUGACGUUCGUAUUGUGAAACCUCCUCCUGCUAGCUUCAAGACGAAUAGUGGACAAAAGAGUCGACGCUUUACGAUUCAGGAGUGUGACGAGGAGCUCGGACCUGCUGAAAAAGAGCAAGAAACGCAGCAAAACUUAGAAACAAAUAUAGGAAACGAUGACGAGACAUCGCCAGCAUCCAGGCGUAGUUCAAGAAUCCAGCACAAGCGUCAGGAAAAAGAAUUACAGCACGGCAUUGCACGGAAGCUGGCUUACCCGGUGUUGGAAAAUUGUUUAAAUAAUCUAGCGAGUUUUGGUCCACAUUGUCAAGAUGAAGAUGGUGAAAAUGAUAGUGAAGACACCCAGGAGUUUGAUUUGGACAAAUCUGUAGCACCGCCAGCCCAAAAGAGACGGCGGUCGAUUUUACUACAGGGAGAGCGUGAUGACCGUGAAAAAAUAUAUGCGGAUAGUGGAGAAGAUGUGGACGAUUUUAUUUGUGGUGACAAUGAGAUUGAAUACAUGGAAGAUGAUGAAGAAGGUGCGAUCAGUGUUGAGACGCCGGACGACGAGAUAGAAGACGGUCCUGAAGAAGUGACAGCAAUGCUGGCAGCAGGACGCUCACGCGAAAUGAGCGAAUGGUUUUGUAUCUACUUAGAGUAUCUAGAAGAGUGCAUCAUUGAUCCAGACUUUGAAACUAAAAUGCGUCGCAAGCGAUCCAAGGCGAAGUAUCAGCUCUAUGGCCAGGCUGUUAAUCGUAUUGAGCGAAAACUUUGUUCCUGCCGGGAUGCCGUCCAAUCAGGUGUUGCAUGGCCUGGCGAAAUGAUGGAUGCGCUGAAAUGUGCUUCAUUUUUCCGUUCAAGCCAUGUCUCCGCGAAACAAGACUGUGAAGCCUGUAACCGCCGCCAACAUUUUGCUACCUACCACGUAGAAUUUGCCGGCGUGGCCUAUGACGCCACAAAGCUUUACGGACAUAACUGGAUGCGCCAUUUGAAGGCAGCAACUCUGGAGGCAGCUCCAGUCCAAAUCGCGUUCAAAAUGGGGAGCGUAUGUCAUGCACGAACAUUGGCAUAUUGGCAAUUGUUACACGCGAAACAGUUCUGGUGCAUUUUGGUUGACGCAAAGGUUAAGGAGUGUGCGGAUUGCACAGGACGUAUAGCUGAGCAAUACCGUAACAAAUUUUUCACGCAGGAAUUUGGUCGGUACAAAAGAUUGGUGGGCUUGGUGGACAAGUUUGCUGAGGACUCGAAGCGUGUGAAUGUAUCAAUGCCAAAUGUGUGGAAGCACAUCACACGGUGCAACAUGACAAGUGCUUUUCUCCCGCUACCAUCCCAUACGUCAUCAUUGUAUACGAGCACAGAAUCUCGUCGAGGCAUGCUGGAUGCAGUUGUUGCUGAAAGUGAAGAAGAGAGUACAGAAGAUGAAGAAGCAGAAAUGGAAAAGAGGGAAGUGAAAAAGCAAGCGGUUGCAGGUGGAAUUAAUGGUGACAAUGAAUCUAGCAUUGGCAAAGACGAAAUGAAGAAGGGCUCACCGCUUAGGACACCUUCUUCGGAAUGCAAGAAAGAACCGAAUUUCCAACAGACCGCUAUAGAAGAUGACAAAAAGGGAGAUGACCUUGUCAAGGAUGAAAAAGACAUUGACGACCUCAUGUGUUUGGUAUGUGACGCUAGUCAACGCGAUGCGGGGGUUGUGCACGGUUUAUAUCUUCAUGUGUAUUGCUGCUACGCCUGUGCGAAGCGCCAGUACCGAAUGAAAUCUGGUUGCAUCGUGUGCAACCGACCCAUUGACCGUGUACUGCGAUUGCUUCCACUCACAUUGGAUGCUCGAAACGCUAUCAGGAGUCAGAUGCCACAGAACUGA